AUGAACUUUCCUUCGAGCGGAGCUCCGGCGCCUGCGCCCAUCCCUGGCAGCCCCCAAGAUCCCAAUGUCAAAGCCAUGCAAGCUGCUAUGGAAUCAUGCUUCGGCAAGUCUGUCAUGUCCGGUGUCAUGGGUUUCGGCAUGGGCGGUCUGUUUGGUCUUUUCAUGGCCUCGAUGUCCUACGAUACGCCUUACGGUAGCCCAGUGAUGGGCGGCGCCAAUGGCCAGACUCCUAUUACAUCGCUCCCUCUUCGCCAACAGCUCAAGGUCGGCUUCAAGGACAUGGGAACGCGCUCUUUCUCCAUGGCCAAGAACUUCGGCAAGGUCGGCGCGCUGUUCUCCGGUAUCGAAUGCGGCAUCGAGGGCCUCCGAGCCAAGAACGAUCUUACAAAUGGCGUUGCUGCAGGCUGCUUGACCGGUGGCAUCUUGGCCAAGAACGCUGGUCCUACCGCCAUGGCCGGUGGUUGCGCGGCUUUUGCUGCGUUCAGUGCCGCCAUCGACGCAUACAUGCGCCAGCCUGGUGACAACUAA